UUGAAUUCAAGAAGCCCGCUCUCUGUCUGCUCAUCACUCCCAUUUCCAGUUUGCUCUAUUCCUGCUUCAGCUCCCAAUUUCCCUUCCAAAAGCUCUCUGAUUCAUCUAUACUCUACCUAUGACCUCAUCAAUCUCUUCCUCAAUCGACGACAAAGACCUCGACGACGCCGCAUUGUGGGCCGUGAUUGACUCCGCCGAGGCUUCGCACUCUUCCUCCAAGUCCCGCAAGCCACUUGCCCUCAAAUACCCUAAUUUCCAGUCCCCGCCUCAAAACCCUAGAUGCCAAUUUAGAAAUGAUUCACCCAUUUCUGAUCCUUAUCGAAGACCUCACAAGAUCGCCAGAACCUGCGCUUCCGAAGUCAGCGAAUGUGCUAGGCCGCUGGCUAUGGUCAGGACGCCCAUCGCCAAUGCGGUGAUGUAUACAUCUCCCGAGGCUUACUUGUCACCGCAGAUAAGGAGGUUUAGUCCGAAUGAGCUCAAUGAUGUUUCGGAAGUUUCUCCAGGUAGCUAUGCGCGUAGUGAGGAGAAGGAUGUUACAAGGCAUUGCUUGAAUGGGAGGUUUCCUUCGGUUUCACUCUUCAAGGAUUAUCAGAAUGCAGCUAUGGCGAUUUUGGAGAAAUCUGAUUACACGAUGAUUUCUGGGAACCCUUUCAUUAAAAAAUCUGGUUGGAGGAAGAUAUCAUGUUACUUCAAUAUCUCUUAUGAAAUCAAAGACAAGACCAUAGAAUUCGAUGAUAACCGAAAUGUUCAGCGUGCUGAGUUUGUUGUUCGCGCGCAUAUGCAGGGUGGCAGGUUUUCUGAUGGAUGGGGCUCAUGCGAGAGGCGUGAGAAGAGAUUCUUAAAACCAAAUCAUGAUAUUCCUAGCACAGCUGAAACCAGAGCAAAAAACAAAUCCUGUCAGGACCUACUAGGGAUUGGAGAAUAUCGACCUGGUGUAAGCCAAUUUCGUCAAUAAAAUAGACACCCAUUGUAAAACGAGGUAAUACUAGUCCAACAAAUUUAUCCAGGACUAUAUACUCCUCCAUAUUUGAUCUCAUUUACACAAGGGGGAAAGAAGAAAAAUGGUUAUAUAAAAUGCUUAUGGGGAGCAGGCGCUCACCACAUCAUUGCUCCAAGCAAUAAUUGGAGUCGUACACAUAAUUUUUUCCUUAUGGGCGUGAAUAAUGUGGGAUCCCAGUGAAGGUGAGUGGUAAACUGCUACGGCUACAGGACCUACUUCACAGUGAAUGCCAGAAAUGAAAACUGUUGUUGGGGGCUUUUCAACACAGGUAUCGUUUCUUUUUCCUCAGUUGUUUGAAAAUUAUUUCUAAAUGUUGGACAGAGCUUGUGGACCAGAUAAAAGGAAAGACGCACCUGGACAUGGACAGAACCGUUGAUAUAAUACCAAAGCAGAAGAUUUUCCUUUUUAUUAUUUUCAAGUCUUGUACUAUCUCUUCCUCUCUUUUUUCGCAUUGAAAAUACAAAAAUUAUGUCGGAGGACAAGACAAGGAGCAAGCCAGGACCUUUUUCACAAAUGGUUUCUCCAGCCUAGUAUUGAAAAAUUAGUGCAAGUCUAA